AUGACAUCCUGGUGCGGCACUCGCGUGCUUCCAUUUGGACUCUCACUUUCACUUCCCCCUUGUGUGGCUUCCUUUUUUUUGCUUCAGAACACACCCAAAUACCUACACGAGAGAAUGCUCAGACGAGUUGGCGCACACGUGACGCCUCUCCUCUGCUCACAUUGCGUAGGCCAAAGGAAAUGCUGUACAGAAGAAAAGACCGCUGGGUUGUCUGUUGCGGAGCUCAAAGGCAAAUACGAAGUCUUGAGAGCAGAGCUUUGCGAAAGUAAAAGGCAGAUUCAGCAACUUCGAUCGGAGAAUCUGUACGCUGCUGCCUCAUGUGAAAAUAUUCGAAAGACCACCCAGGAGCAAUCAAAGCAGGCGCAUAAUGACGCACUCAGAUCUUUCGCACGUGAUAUGCUGGAUGUUUGCGAUGCCCUGCGAGUGGUCACAAGAAAAGUGGUGGAGUACACGCAGGGAAAUUCUUUCAUACCUAAAAGCGAGGCUUCGGUCCUCGCUGGCGUGAUGCUCACAGAGGAAGUUGCGCUGAAGGUUCUGAAGCGGUAUGGAGUGACACAAAUGCACACCGAGGUUGGCGCCACCUUUGACGAGGAAAAGGAAGAGAAGCUCUUUACAGUUCCAUCUACACCUUCUCUUAAAGAAGGCAGUGUUGCUGAGAUUGUCAAAAACGGAUACGACAUGAACGGGUCGGUUUUGCGGCGUGCGGAGGUUGGUUUGAGUGAGGACCCCUAA